AAGUAGACUUGACAACUGAGACAUAUAUAAAUAAACUCUGAGAAUGAUUGGAACUUACACCAUACACACAUAUUCAUUUCCAUCUCGCACAGAAAAUGGGUCUUAUAUCCAGCCUUGGAGACGAGAUACCGGUCGAGUGGACUUUCCCUUCUACAGCAGGAGACUUAGAGGCCAGGCUUAUACGUCAGUUGGAAGCCAAUCCAUCGAUUCUCGAGAAACUAGACAAGAACAACUACGAGGAGACAAUUUUGCAUAAAGCCGUGACGGAUGGGUACGAGGGAUAUGCAAAGAAGAUAAUUGACUUCUGCCCUUCAGUCGUUAGCUUUACUAAUAUUGACGGAAACACUCCCCUUCAUUUAGCUGCUCAAACUGGAAACAAAUAUAUCCUCCUGAAGAUGUUGCAGUCUCGAGAAGCAAAGUGCAAAGAGAUUAAUAAGCAAGGACAGACAGCAUUCAUUUUAGCAUGCUUUAACAAUCACGUCGAUGCUGCCAGAAUCCUCAUAGAAGGAGCGAGUUCUAUGACGAUGGUGGAACUUGCUGCAGCCUUUUCAAGACAGCAACCAGCUAUCAUAUCUAGCAUACUAGAGAAAUUCCCGAACCUAGUUCUUAAUGCGGAUGAAGAGCAGACGAUGUUAUCCACGUUAUUGCAUAACGCCAUCACGCAAGGUUACGAGGAAUUUGCGACGAAGAUAAUCAACAUCUACCCUUCAGUGGUUAGCUUUAUUAACGACGAUGGAAACACUCCUCUUCAUUUAGCUGCUGAAAUUGGAAACAAAAGUAUAAUUUCAAAGAUGUUAAAGUCUGAAGCAGCGUGCAUGAAGAUUAUUAAUAGGCAAGGACAUACGGCAUUCACAUUGGCAUGCCUUAACAAUCACGUCGAUGCUGCCAGAAUUCUCAUGAAAGGAACAAGUUCUAUGACGAUGGUGGAACUUAAUGCAGCCUUUUCAGUACAACAACCAGGUAUCAUAGAAAAUAUACUAGAGAGAUUCCCAAGCAUAGUUCUUGAGACGGAUGAAGAGCAGUCGACGCUAUUGCAUAAAGCGUGCAAGUCAGGAAACCUUGAGAUGGCAAAGACACUAUUAGAUGUUGAUCAAGAAAUUGCAGAAAAGGUGAAUAAGGAUGGUUUGACUCCUUUGCAUUACGCGGCGAUAAACGGUUCAGUUGAAAUCCUGAAGGAGUUUCUCGACAAGACUCCUUCGUCUUUCCACUCAACCACACAAGGAACAAGCGAAACUGUUUUCCACUUAGCUGCGAGACAUCAAAAUACCAAAGCGUUCAUCUUCAUGGCCAAGAGUGCAAACCUAGGCCAACUUCUCUACAACAUGGAUGCAGAGUACAACUCUGUACUUCAUGUUGCCGCAUCUGUCGACUCCACUUCAGCUCUAGUACGGUACAUCCUUACGGAAACAACAAUAGAUGCCACCUUGAAGAACAAAAGAGGAAUUGCAGCCGUUGACCUUUUUAACAAAGACGGUGUAGACAAGAAUAACUACGAGGAUACAAUUUUGCAUAACGCUGUGACGGAUGGGUACAAAGGAUAUGCGCAGAAGAUAAUCGACAUUUGCCCUUCACUCAUUAGCUUUACUAACGUCGACGGAAAUACUCCUCUUCAUUUAGCUGCUCAAAUUGGAAACAAAAGUAUCAUUUUAAAGAUGUUGGAGUCUGGAGAAGCAACGUGCAUUGAGAUGAUUAAUAAGCAAGGACAUACAGCAUUCAUCUUGGCAUGCCUUAACAAUCACGUCGAUGUUGCCAAAAUCCUCGUAGCAGGAGCGAGUUCUAUGAAGAUGGUAGAACUUGAUGCAGCCUUUUCAAGACAACAAUCAGGUAUCAUAGAUAUUAUACUAGAGUGGUUCCCGAAGCUAGUUCUUGAGACGGAUGAAGAGCAGUCGACGCUAUUGCAUAAAGCGUGCAAGUCAGGAAACCUUGAGAUGGCAAAGACACUAUUAGAUGUUGAUCAAGAAAUUGCAGAAAAGGUGAAUAAGGAUGGUUUGACUCCUUUGCAUUACGCGGCGAUAAGCGGUUCAGUUGAAAUCCUGAAGGAGUUUCUCAACAAGGCUCCUUCGUCUUUCAACUCAACCACACAAGGAACAACCGAAACUGUUUUCCACUUAGCUGUGAAACAUCAAAAUACCAAAGCGUUCAUCUUCAUGGCCCAAAGUGCAAACCUAGGCCAACUUCUCUACAACAUGGAUGCAGAGGACAACACUGUACUUCAUGUUGCCGCCUCCGUAGACGCCACUGCUCUAGUACGGUACAUCCUUAUUGAAACAACAAUAGAUGUCACCUUGAAGAACAAGAACGGUUUUGCAGCCGUUGACCUUCUGAACAAAGACGGUGUAGACUUUCCUCUGCUAUCUCUGUGGUUCCGGCAAGGUGCAGAAAAAAUUAAACGCCCUUCGAAAUAUGUAAAAUUCGCACAUGAGACUGGGGAACCCAUCCGAAACACAAACAAUUUGGAAAGUUUAAUUUUUGAAAGCCGUGAGGUGGAGUGGCGAAGAGACCCUAGAAACAAGGAACGUGAGAUGCAUUCAGAGAGUCUGCAGAACGCAAGGAACACAAUUACUAUAGUUGCCGUCUUGAUCGCAUCGGUUGCCUUUACAUCCGGGAUAAACCCUCCUGGUGGUGUCCACCAAGACGGACUCUUGAUUGGGAAAGCAACCGCAGGAAGCACAACGGCUUUUAAGAUCUUCUCGGUUACAAACAACAUUGCUUUGUUUACAUCACUAAGUAUAGUGACCCUUCUGGUCAGCAUUAUAUCCUAUAGAACUAAGUCACUGAAGAUGUUUGUGUUCAUAGCACAUAAGAUGAUGUGGUUGGCCGUGGCAUCAAUGGCAACUGCUUAUGCUGCAGCAGCGUGGAUCACUGUGCCACAUCACGAAGGAUCUAAAUGGUUAGUCUACACUACUUCUGCUAUCGCUAGCUUUGCGCUAGGUAGUAUGUUUGUGUAUGUGUCCUAUAUGAUGGCUAAGCACAUUCUGAAGAAGGGUAAAUUGAAACGUAACCUUUCUCACCGGAAAGCCGCCAGUGCUACCUUGGACAUGGAAGCCGGUGGUGAUGCCGGCUGCUAUGCUUACUGAAAUAUGACUACGGAUAUGUAUUUUAGGCAUGUCAAUUAGGGCUAAAGCCCGCGGGCUGGCCCGGCCUGGCCCUGAAAAACACCAACCUCGGACUUAAAUAUAUAUGUCCAGAAAAAAUCGGAUUUUUCGGGCUCAGUCCGUUUGGGCAAUAGGGUUUUUCGGACUUAGCCCGACCGGGCUCGGGCCAGCUCGAAAAGCCCUUUAACAAAUAUAUUUUUACUUUUUUGUUAAUAUUUUUGUUUGAUUGCAAUAUUUGAUUAAUAAUUUAUUGUAA